GCUCGGGUCCUGGUCGCCUGGGAAACCGCGAGACAACAAGAUGGCGGCGCCGCGGGAAGGCUCGCUGGGCCCCUGGAGUCCCUGACAGCUAGCCUCGAGACUAGAGCUAUGAGCUCACCUCUGGCCUCUCUCAGCAAGACACGGAAGGUGCCCCUGGAGUCGGAGCCUGUGAAUCCUGGGAGGCGAGGGAUAAGAGUCUACGGAGAUGAAGAUGAGGUGGACAUGCUGAAUGAUGGACAGGACUCGGAAGAAAAGAUCUCUGUCCCUUCCUGCUAUGGCGGCAUUGGUGCCCCUGUGGGUAGGCAAGUCCCUGUAUUCCAUGACUCGGAGAUGAUGAGCUCCAUGGCCAGGAAACUGCGGGAGCUGGAGCACCAAUUGAAGGCCCAGACUGAUGAGAUACUGUCCAAGGACCAGAAGAUCCUGGCUCUGGAGGAGUUGGUGCAGACCCUCCAGCAGAACCAGGGAGGCAACGCAACCCUGCAGAGGCAAGAGGAGCUGGAGACGCAGUGCAUUCAGCUGCAGCGGCAGGUUGGCGAGAUGGAGCGGUUCCUCAGUGACUAUGGCUUGCAGUGGGUGGGUGAGCCCAUGGACCAAGAGGACUCAGAGGAAAAGAUAGACUCUGAAAAUGAUGAGUGGGACUGGAUGAAGGCCAAGAAGUUCUGGAAGCCAGGAGAUUCUUUGGCGCCCCCCGAGGUGGACUUUGACAGACUGCUGGCCAGUCUACAGGAUCUGAGCGAGCUGGUCGUGGAGGGAGAGACCCAAGUGAAGCCAGUGCCUGGUGGGGCGCAGUUCCGUACCCUAGAGCCCAUCCCGCUAAAGCUCUACCGGAAUGGCAUUAUGAUGUUUGACGGGCCCUUCCGGCCCUUCUACGAUCCCUCCACACAGCGCUGCCUCCGGGACAUCCUGGAUGGCUUCUUUCCCUCAGAGCUCCAGCGGCUGUACCCUGAUGGAGUCCCCUUUAAGGUAAGCGACCUGCGCCAUCAGGUCUUCCCAGAGGAUGGGCUGGGCUCGUUCCCAGGCGAGGGUCGAGUGGUGGGCCGGCAGAAAAUGCGCAAGAACUCGGACAGGUUGGAGGAUACUUCAGGCUCCAGGAUGACUGCUGAGAAAUUUCUGAACAGGCUUCCCAAGUGUGUAAUCCGACAAGGCGAGGUGAUUGACAUCCGGGGCCCCAUCAGGGACACCUUGCAGAACUGCUGCCCCAUGCCUGCCCGGAUCCAGGAGAUCAUAGUGGAGACACCUGCCUUGGCUUCUGAGCGGCAGAGGAGCCAGGAGUCCCCCGACAUGCCGGUGCCCCCGCUCUCCAUGCUGCGCAUCAAGUCUGAGAAUGGGGAGCAGGCCUUCCUGUUGAUGAUGCGGCCUGAGGACACUGUUGGCGACGUGCGCACCCUCUUAGCACAGGCCAGGGACAUGGACCAGGCCACCUUUGAGAUCUUCAGCACCUUUCCACCCACGGUCUACCAGGAUGAUGCCCUCACACUGCAGGCCGCAGGCCUGGUUCCCAAUGCAACACUGCUGUUACGGCCUCCAAGAGCCCUGCUGGUGAACCCCAGCUUUGGUACUGGCUCUGGCUCUGGCUCCGGCUCCGGCUCCCACCCUGGUUCAGGCCCACUUCCCUGAAUAAAGUGCCGCCCCCGACACCAUGAGCUCCACCA